GUGUGAGGGAUCCAUGACCCCAAUAUAAUGAUAGUCAGCCUAAGUUAUGAUCGCUUCAGACUGUGUCAGAACUCCAUGACCCAAAGGUAAUGGCAGCACUUUAUGACAGCAUAUGUCGGAUACACCAAGUGGUCCUGAUAUACGGUUGACUUCAUAUCACCAGGGUUUAUACUGUAUUGAUCGCCUUGCUAAGACUACCUGCUGUGUUACCUUCAAGGCUGUCUGCCUACAACAGACCCACAACAAUCUGACAGCGAGCACCCAUGCUCUACAGUACACUGACCAAGCGACACCAACCACCUCCCGUGAGAGGCUAGAGCCGACCGAGGCCUACUUAGUGACAUCGAUCUGUCGCAGGCAGAAUCAGCUAGAGACUCCAAGACAAUGCCACGCCUAUCCACACCCUGGUUCCACCAGAAGAACGCCAGCCCUCAGUCCAGCCCCCCCGAACGAGUUGUCCACGCCUGUGAUGGACGGAGAAGACAUCGAUGCUCUCACCCAGCGGCUGAUGAAACCCACCCGGGCAUCUCAGGCCAAAACGUCCCUCCAUUGGAAGAUGGACACUUACUUGGACAGAGGUCGACACGCUUGGUCCAAGAUGGAGCUGUGCGAAGACAACAAGAAGUGUCUGUGGACAUCUAACGGGACUGUCAAAAAGACGUAUCAGACAUAGGCUGGGGAGACAGAAACGAAAUAAAUGAAAGCGAAAAAUAAUGCGAUAUCAACGGUCUCGUGACUGACACACAAUCCAAACUUAGAAUCGUGAAAAUACAUUUGAAAAUAAAUACUUUCAUGUU